AUGGCUCAUGUAGGAUACACCAGGCAGCAACCCAAGCUAGGCGGUCGCAAGGCACGGCGAGCAAAAUCAGGAGAGCAGACAGGCAGGCAGCCAACACAUAUCCUCCAUGCUGAACCGGCAGACCGCGUACAACCAACUCCACAUACACGUGGUUGCUUCCCACCUCGUACCUCGCGGCGUCUCAGCAGCGGCCAGGCCGGCUUUAAUGACAUCGCCGGCUGCUCCGAGACCGCCGUAAAGCUUAUCAGCAGCAGCAGCAGCAGCGGCGGCGGCGGCAGAGGCCGCGCGCUCGCGAUACGCCCAGUGGAGCCGGGGCGGGCGUUCGCCGUCCACCGCGUCAGCCAUGCGUGUCCGGCAGCGAGCUCUCCGCCGGGUUCCCAGCGGGCUGGCAUUAUGCGCGCGGCGCGGCUGCGUUUCGUAACUCGGACACGUCCGCAGGUGCAGCGGCGUCGCUGUGAGAACGGGCCGGGUCUUCCCGCCACCGCCGCCGCCGCCGCCGCCGCCACUGCUGUCCUGGUUGGAGGUCACCCGCGGUUUCCGUGUUUUGCUGUGGCGAGCGCUCCCGGCCGAUCUCUCGCCAGUGCCCCGGGCGACGGCGGCCAGUCAGCUGUUGAGCUGCCGCUAGGGACGGACGUCUCUCCCGCGGCCCACGCUGCGCCACGCCUCACACCAGCUGACUGCCUCGCCGCACAGUGGUCAGUCGCCCGCCGAGCCGUCUCGACCGCGCCUGUGGUGUCGUACUGCCUGUGGCCGACGUCCGCGGAACCCGACGCAACCAUGAGGUGCCGCCUGGGACCGCCACCGCUGGUUGUGGUCUCCACCCUGCUGCUCAGCCUGCCGGCACUGACGCUGGCGGUGUUCCCCUGCGUGCUGCAGGAGGGUACGAUGCAGUGCGACUCGCGCAACCUGACGGCCGUGCCAGACCUCUCAGACCAGCCCGCAGACAAGGUGACGGAGCUACGGCUGGAGCGGAACGCCAUCCGUGACGUGUCUGGAGGCCCGCUGGUUAACUUGACGGCACUGCGCGUCCUGUCGCUGGACUGGAACUCGCUAGUCGACCUUCCAGAGGACCUGCUCGACGGCAGCCCCGCGCUGGAAGUCCUCCAGGUCGGCUGGAAUCAGCUGUCCGCGCUGCCGCCCCGGCUCUUCGACAACCUGGCCCAGCUCAGGGUGCUGCGUGCCGCCAACAAUCUCAUCGCUGAGCUAGACAAUUCGACUUUUGCGUCGACGCCACUGCUGGAGACUGUGGACUUACGCAGCAACAUUUUGACGUCAUUGGAGCCUGGGACGUUCACCGGCCUCAAGAGCCUCAAGGAGGUCAUCCUCGAAGAUAACCACCUGUCCUUGCUUCCACCAAAGACCUUCGGAAGCAACCCCAACCUCGUGACCCUGAUGCUGGGCAAGAACAGUCUGACAGAGGUUCCAGCGGACGUCUCAGGAGCGAUGCCGUCACUGCAGUACCUGGACCUGGCGGACAACAGCCUCUCCGUGUGGGAGCGCGGUGCCUUCCGGGAACUGCAGCAGCUCCAGACGCUGCUUCUGUCCCGCAACAACCUGUCCAGCUUGACAGCAGGUGCCCUGGACAACCUGCCAGAGCUGACGGAGCUCCGGCUCAACGAGAUUGGCCUCACCACGCUGCACCGCGACAUGUUCGUCAAGCAGACGAGCCUACGGUCCCUGCAGCUGCGCAACAACUCGUUGGCUCGCGUCGCCCCGGGCACCUUCCGCUUCAACGGGCGCUUGGCGUCCCUCUACCUGGACAACAACCACCUGACCGACAUCGAGGUGGGCACGUUCGACCACCAGGGCGAGCUGGCUUUCCUCGUGCUCAGCGGAAACCGACUCACCACUCUCCGCCGGACCAUGUUCACCCGCCUGCCGCGGCUCUCGACGCUGAUCGUGAACGACAACCGCGUGACGAGCGUCGACCGCGACACCUUCUGGGACAACCCGCUGCUCUCCGUGCUCAGCAUCAUCGGAAACGCCAUCGAGCGGCUGCCCGCUGACCUCUUCAGCCGCAACCCGAACCUGCAGGAAGUGCGGCUGCGUAUCAACCGGCUAUCCCUGGUUCAGCCCGGCACCUUCCGCAACAACUCCCGCCUCCAGUACCUGGAGCUGGAUCACAACCUACUGCAAACCAUGGACGUCUCCGUCAUAGAGCCGCUUGUCUGGCUCAAGGGGCUGACUCUGGAGGGCAAUCCGUGGACGUGCGACUGCGCGCUGGAGCCGCUCUUCACCAAGAUCCGCAAGCACGGCAUCGUGGUCAGGGCCGACCCUGCCAUCUGCGCCAGCCCUCUGGACCUUAAGGGCAAGGAGGUCCUCAAGGUGGUGGGCGAGCUGCAGUGCGGCUGAAGUGGUACCGGCGCCAACAACGCAGGCUGGGCGCAGAGCGAGGGAACUGCCUGUAAUUCAUCUCCACAACACACCACACUCCACGCCACUCCACUCCACUACACAACACCACACUACCAGCUCCACUCAAGCGACUGUUGCAUAUAGUACGCAUUAUUAUACUAGGUAUAGCAGUACACCUUACACUACCAACUGCACAGAAUCAACUUUUCUAUGUAGCAUGUACCAUUGUAUAUUGUAUUACAUCAUAUGUAAGUAUACAUACCAUACUAUACAUACAGUUCUGCAUCACAAAA